AUGGCGUCGACGACGGUCGUGGCCUGGAUUGGCCUGGGAAACAUGGGCUCGGGGAUGUGUAAGAACAUUGCAGAAAAGGCCAAUCUGUCACACCCUCUCUUGAUCUACGACAUCGUGGAGGAGAGGACACGCGGCAUCCACGAACGACUCGGGCCGCAGCGCACGACCAUCGCGCAGUCCAUCGCCGACGCCACCUCCCAGGCCGACGUCGUCUUCUUCUCGGUCCCCAACGACGACGCGGUCCGGGCGGUGAUGGACCAGAUCCUGGCGGCCGGCGUCGCGGGCAAGGUCGUGGUCAACUGCAGCACCGUGCAUCCGGACACAAGCACACAGGAGGCCGCCGCCGUGCGCGCGGCUGGGGGCAGCUUCGUCGCGUGCCCGGUGUUUGGCAGCGCCAAAAUGGCCGAGGCGGGACAGAUCGUCGCCGUGCUGGCGAGCGACGCCCCCGACGCCCUGGACAAGAUCAAGCCCCUGUGCAAGGGCGUCAUUGCGAGAGAUGCGAUCGACGUGUCCUCCGCCCGAGAGGGUCCCCUGCUCAAGAUCAUCGGCAACAUGUUCGCGCUGAACGUGGUGACCGCGCUGGCGGAGGGCCACGUCCUGGCCGAAAAGGCCGGGCUGGCACCCGCGCAGUUCCACCGCUUCGUCCAGACGCUGUUCCCGGGCCCGUGCGCCGCGUACUCCGAGGCCAUGCUGAACGGUAGCUACCAUCGCAACGAGAAGCCCCAGGCCCCGGCCCUCCUGGCCAAGAAGGACGCCGGCUACGCCCAGCGCCUGGCUACUGAAGCAAGUGUCCGCCUGCGCACGCUCGAGGUCGCUCAGCAUUACGUCGACGCCGUGUUGCGCCAGAAAGGGGACGACGGGGAGAUGGCUGGCGUGUAUGGCGCCGCGCGACUGGAGGCUGGGCUGCUGUAUGAAAAUUGA